UAGGUACUUAAUGCACUACAGAAAUCAAGCAUUAGAGGAGAGAAAUGAGAAGCUUACACUGUCUUAUUAUUUGGAGAUUUUUCUCCACAAUUCUCACUGGAGCAGUGUGUCAUGUUAAGAUUAUACCAUUCAAGAUAAGAUUUCAUAAUCAAUAAAAAGGACCGUUUAUCACCCAUGAUGUAACAUUAGUAUCUACAGAUCCACCAUGUCAUAUGGUUCGACAAUCUUGUGAGCAAGAUGAGCCAGCAAAUGUCCCAUGGUGUAUUGAACGUCAAAUGAGAAAAUGCUCCAUAAUACAACACCGAAUUUCAAAUCAAGGCUAUUUCUUAAAGACAAUUUCCUCCUUAGAGCCAACAUUGUAUACAAAAGAAGGAUAUGUAAUCCACAUCUCAACAGAGGCGUUACAGAAGAGCAGUGAUGUACAGAGGGAAAUCAACGAUACAGAAACCAACUUGAUUGUGUAUGUUGUCAACAAUACCUUCUUCAGGACACAGGAACCCAGUGACACAGAGUCAAAGCCAAAGGUGCAUGGCGAAAGUGUACUGGGAGUUUGGCUUGGGGAGAAAGAAGUUUGUAACCUUUCUCAGCCUGUUCAACUCCAGUUCAGAAGAUCCAAUCAGUCUGAAAAUGGAAUAUGUGUCUACUGGCAUCUCAGUGAAUUUGGUGGAGGUACCUGGAGAACAGAUGGGUGCAACACUAGCAUAGAGAGCAGAGAAUUUGUGUGCAGCUGCAAUCAUCUGAGCUUUUUUGCUGUGCUCAUUAAUCCUCAAAUCCCUGAAGAGGCCCAAAUCGUCCAUCUCGAAUACAUUUCCUACACUGGCUCUGUGCUUUCAAUAGUGUUUACAGCUAUCAUCAUGAUUAUGUUUCUGUUGCGCAGGAAGAAGAGAUGUGAUCAUUCCGUCAUUAUUCAUGUAGAGCUCACAGGCUCCUUGUUCUUGCUGCACAUAUCCUUCUUGUGCAGUGUAUGGUUUUCGAGCCAGAGAGAUGAAGUAUGUCAGUUCUUAGGACUUGUCCUACACUGGUGCCUUUUAGCCACCUUCACAUGGACAGCCAUUGAGGGCUUUCACCUGUACCUGCUGCUGGUGCGGGUCUUCAACAUCUACAUCAAGAGAUACCUGCUUAAACUAAGUCUGGUGGGAUGGGGAGUACCCACAGUUACAGUGAUGAUAUGUGGUGUUACUAAAGUGUAUGGCAAAUACACCUUUUCCAUGAAGAGACAUAAUUCAACAGGCACACCAAUGUGCUGGAUUACCACACAGACGGUGAGCUAUGUUACAGUGAAUGCUUAUCUUGGGCUGGUGCUGCUCUUUAACAUAGCUAUUCUGGCAAUGCUGGUGGUUAAGAUGCAUCAGUUACGGUCACGGGAUCUUCAUAUUAAAAACAAUGAGAGGAGGGUAUGGAAAGACUGGGCAUCUCUUCUUGGACUCAGCUGUAUUUUGGGCGUGGCCUGGGGACUGGCCUUCUUCACCCAUGGUGGCCCCUUGAGUAUCCCCUCGCUCUAUGUUUUCAGCAUUCUCAACUGUUUUCAGGAAGAAGUAGAAGCUUGUGUAAAGGAGGCCCCUCAAAAUGGAAUAUGUGAUCACAUAUGGUACUCAUAUAAGUCUAUCUUCUGGCAUCAAAACCUUAAGACUUUGAGAGUGAUUCUUCAUAAAGGCAGUGGAAGCCACAACAAAUUGGCACCCAACGUGGGGCACUGGAAAGGAGCAGAGUGGAAGCCACAGCGAGCUAUCUGGACAAGCAACUCAAACAGUGGCCACUUAAAAAAGGUGUCUUUAUUUUCUUGUGGUUUUUGACUGUCACCCAUAAAGCACGGGAAGAGGAACAUAUCUCAUCAAAAGGCAUAUCAUGUCAGCUUCCACAAUAAUGAAGAACAAGUGACUACAAGAUAACCACCAGCUUUUUUUGGUUGCAUAAUUACUUAAAUAACAUUAUUGCAAUGUGUUAUGAUGGAAUCACAAUGGAAUUCUAACGGCGGACCCUCUACACUAAAUGUCGGUAUUUUCUUUUUAUCAAUGAAUGGUUUUCAAACUGGGGAUCGCACACCCCCUGGUGGUCGCAAGGGGGACUACAGAAAAAAAGACUUCUACCAAAUGAUUUUACCAUAAUCAUUUAACCAUAAGAAAUAAUUAAAAAAAAAAACAUAACCAUAACCAUGUUAACUGUCAGAAUGCAGAACCAUCUGCAUAUAGUUUAAAUAAUUUAUUGUGAAUUGUUUUUAUUUCUAAGUGUUCAUCUGUUGUUCUUUGUUAUCAGUGUUGGGUGUAAUGCAUUACUAAGUAAUUAAUUACUGUAAUUAAAUUAUAUUUAAUUGAAAAAAAUGUAAAGUAAGGGAUUACUCUGAUGUAAUUGUGUUAAAUACUGUAUAGACUCUAGAACAAUUCUACAUAAAACAAUAGUGAAUUUUAAAUUGAAUUUUAACGUUUAAUGUUAAAAUGUAUGUUUUCUAAUUUAACGCUGCCCCCUUAAAUUCUUUGGCCAGUUCAUGAAUAAUUUAUCUGAUUUAUUUGAAAGAAUUAAAAGAACAGUUUCAUGUCUAUCCUUGUAUUUUUCAUCUGGUCGAGGUUGAUACGGGUUUUAGAAAGUAAUUUGUAAUAAGUAAUGCAAUUACUUUUCAGACAGAGUAAUUAGUACAGUAAUCUAAUUACACUGUCAAAGAUGUAAUUAGUCAUUAGUAAUUAAUUAAAAACUUUUUGGGGUAACUUACCCAACACUGCUUGUUAUGUACUUUAUGCUCCUGAAUACUUUACUGGCUUCCUUUUUUAAUUGCCACUUUGGUUUGUUCAAACAUUUAAGUUUUAAGCAUUACAAUUGGGUAACAAAAUUCUAUCAAAUUGAAUUGUGUAAUCUUUAACAAAAUAUAAAAACUACAUAUUUAGUUUGUUUUUAUUAUUAUUUAAUUUUGUUAAAAAGUACACAAUUCAGUUUGAUUUUGCCAUGAAAUUGAAAUAUGUACAGUACUGUAUAUCCUAAAAAUAGGCUAUUUUUGUGUAAGGCACUAUUCUUUAUAAACCUUUAGAAUGAUAAUCAUAAUGAAAAAAAAUUUCUUUUUUAAAUUAAAAACAUUUCUCUUCUAGCAUUGCUCUAAUAUUGGGUAGAACAAAGAUACCCUGUUGACUUAAUACAAAGUCAAAUACAUAUUUUACAGAUAAUAUCUUACAUAAUUACAGAUAAUGACAUAUAAAAGCCAAUUAUAUUGUUUUGGAAAUUACUUAAUAAAAUAAAAAUAGAAAUGUCACUAUUUUCUUAUACAGAAAAUGUAUUUUAAUAGAUGACAGUAUAGCUGCCUUUAUAUUUUAAGAAAGGGGUUAACUGGCUUUAAAAUGUUGUCCUGUCAUAUACUCAAAACCAAUUGAUAGCCUGUUUUUCUUCAUUUGUGUAAUUUUGAACAAAAUUAAAUUAAUAAAACUUCAAAUAUUUA